CUCUGCAGGUGAAGGAUCUCCCUCUGGUAAGAAGCUGUCCUCCCCUCCGCUGCCUCCUCCAACGCUGCCAGUCUGGUUGACGCCUGCCUCCGAUACACCUGCACACACACACACACACACGCGCACACGCACAGGAAUGAGAUGUGGAGUGUUGCUAUGAAAGAGGAGGAUUUACAUGAAGGACAGUGCAGCAGAGACAAGUGGAGUGGAGGAGGGGGAGUCACACACACUGGGGCAAGAACAUGACUUGAAGAUGAGCUGUCCUCAGACUGAGUUAGAAGAGAAGGACUGUCCUCCUCCAGAGGAAUUAGAGUGCAAAAUCUGUUACCAGCGCUACAAUGUCCACAACCGGAAACCUAAGAUCCUGGACUGCCUACACCGGGUCUGCGCCCGCUGCCUCAUUAAGAUCCUGGACAUUGCAGACAGUGCAGGGUGCAUCUCCUGCCCCUUUUGCCGACACCAAAGUGAGAUUACAGAGUUUGAGGUUUCAGCCCUGCCUGACGAUGUUAACAUCAUGUCCCGCUUGGCAAUGCGGGAUAAAUCCUGGAGCUCCGACCAGAACAGAGAGGUGGUCCUGACUCCAAAGAGUUUCUCCUCCUCCAGCCCAUCUCAUGACUCCUCCAACUGCCUGGUCAUCACUAUAAUGGAGGUGCAGAGGGACUCACAGCACUCCCCGAGCCAAAAUGGCAGCUCUGAUGCAUAUGCUGAGCCGAGCCUGGACUCGGUAUCGAUAGGCUCCAAUGGGCUGGCAGAUCAAGACGCCCUGUCCAAGUUCUGUAAUCAUGUCCCGCGCAUUCUGGUCUGGCUGCUGGGUUUCUUAUACUUUGGCUCACUGCCUCUAGGAAUCUACUUGUUGGUGGUUCAGAGAGUGACUCUGGGCAUUGUAUGUGUUAGCUUAGUGCCAUCAAGCCUGACAGUGUGCCUGGUCUAUGGAUUCUGCCAGUGCCUGUGUCAGGGUAUGUGUGACUGCUCCUCAAGAGGCUGACAGGAUGGUAGCUGAAAAUUAGUGGUCCUGGGACAGGGAAGAAGUCAGCUGCAGAAAUAGGUGAUAAAAUGCCCAAAGGUGAAGAUGAUAUCUUCCUGCAUAGGUUUAACAAGCCUAGCAGUCAGUUAUCUUCAUACAAAUAAGUGGCCAGUGAGGAAAAAUAAGAAGACCACCUUCUGUGGUAUGCUGUUCUUUUCUUAGGCCCACUGCUGCAACUCAGAUACCAGCUGGGCCAAGAGGAACAGAACCACUGAUGAGCUGUGUCAGUGGGAGGAGAGCCCAAACCUACAUGUCUGUGAUGUAUUUCUGUGACCUUUCUUUGUUCUGUGUUGUGUGUAUGACCUAGUCAAACAUAACAUUUGAAAGCAGACUUUUAAUCUUUGACUUACAUAAUAAUAGCACAGAUAAGAGUCCUGGGCCCUCAUUUAUCAACACUGUCUACCAGCAAAUAUCAUUGAUCCUUUUCAGUCAAAGGUAGGAUUUAAUCAUUUGGAACUUGAGGAUGGUGUGUAGAGCACUUUCUGGUCAAAAAGAGUGCCACAAAUGAAACACUGUAAAUCAAAAGGGAAUGGUAUUUAGAUAACUGAGAUUGUAAGGAAAAAUACCAAGUAUUGUAGUAGUCUAUGUCAGGAUACAAAUGUAUCUAGGAAGAAUUGCAUUUCUGCAUGUUUAGAUAACCACCAGCUGUCAGUAACCAAAAGGGAGGAAAAUUAAUGCUGUCUGCAAUUUAGGUAAAUAGUUAAAAGCAAAGGCACCUCUUAGACUGACAUCUAUGGCUUCAGAGGUAUUCGUCUGUUGAGAAGCCUGUUGAUGUAACUAGUCUGAUGUCAUAUUUUCACAUAAUGGCUGAAACACUGCUCUCAAGGCUUGUGUGAUUGGCAGGCCAGAUUGCUUCAAUUGCAAGCGACUCGACAACUUCUGUGUAUCAUUGAACAGAGUAAUGGAUACUUCAGAAAACAACUGUCUAUUUGACUAGAUUUUUCAGAUGUAAAAUUCCAAACAAUCCAUACGUUUAACAUUUGGAAAAAACAUAUUUUCAGAUGAUGCCACAUUUAAAUACAGAAAAGCAAUUGAGAAAUGUGAACUGACUGUAAUACUUUAGCUGGUAGAGUAGUAGCUUUGAGCAGAGGUGUGAUGAGGAUGCUAUAGUCAUUUACUGAAUGCGCAUUUCUACUUUUUUCACUUUCUCCCUUGCCGCCUCAAAUACAGAUACAAGACAUUUAGGCUGUUGGGGUGAAAUGAUGUGGUGCCAGUGAGGCAUAAAGCAGAAUCAUAUCUCAGGUUUUUUGCUCUUUCAGUAACACACAUUCCAUUCAGUUUCUCAUUUGGUUUGAAUAUAGCAACACUGCUCUGUUUGAUUUAAUGGUCCACAUAAAAAGCUUAUUCUGCUCAAAGAUAUAACUUCUUGGUACAGAAGACUUUCAUAGAAGCAAAAUUCCACAUAUGUAAACUAUUGUGUUUUAACAAUUGUUUAAUUUUUUUAUGUAAUUUAAGAUGCUUUGCACAGUAAUAUCACAGAAAACUGGUAUAUAUGAGAAAGACUACUGAAGAUUUAAGUCUGUAUUUGUGUUUCCAAAAUGUAGUUUUCCAUAUAGCUGUAUGCACAUUUUGUUGUGUCACAAAUUAGUCUUUUGAGACAUUGAAAAUUGCUGCAAUUUACCCAGAAAUGGCUGACAAUUCCAGCAGUACAUAAAAUAAAGGUCUAGACUAUGACUUGCAGUUCAUGGGCAUGGUGGUUUAGAAAUUUGUGGUUUUAUCAGUUCAUAUUACUAAGUUUGUUUGGACAAAUUAUGCACAUUUGACAAAUACCACCUUCCUCACACUUACAAGCAUUGUCUAUUUUAUUCAUAGGAGUCCAUUUAAAGCCUUUUCUGCACAAUGUUGAUAACUGAGGGACCUGGAAUAAUAUUUUUUUCCAUAUAUUCAACAAUAAUAUUCAGGUAAUAAUAUUUUUCAUCAAGCUGAAUAUGUAACAUUGUUGAAAAAAAUCAAUAUGUGAUAAACCAUUUCUGUACAAUGUAAGUCCUAUUAAUUCUUUCCUGUUUGGGUUCAGUAUAUUCUUUUCUUAUGUUUUCUUCAACUUCUUUCAGUCACCAUUUCUUUACAAGUCUCUGUACCAAUUCCUUUUGUUUUCCUGUUUUUCUCUUGAUGAUACACUGACUGUUGUGCUCAGCUUAGUACUACACUACUGACUACAGAUGCUCCUAGACAAUGAAAUAAAUGGAAAAUAAUUUUCUA